ACCUUUCAUCACCGUAUCACCAAUCUCACGUCCUCUUUGACUUCAUUUCACUCUUCUCUUCCACUUAAUUUUUCCUUGCCGGCCCCGGAUUUCGACUGCAAUCCACUCCCCUCAAUAUCCGGAAUUCUCUUCGAGACAGCACGGUACAGCUGUUGCUAAUUCCCUACGCGCCGUAUUAUCCGACACGAUCCAGCACGAAUCUCCUUGAUCGUCGCAUAAACCAGCAUCGUCCUGCGAACCUCGACCACAGUUGAUGGAUCCGGCCGUCUCCCUCACGCCGCCGACAUCGUUUCGGCUGGCGGUGAUGGCCCAGAAUGCUUAUGAAAUGCCGCUCAAGGUCUUCCAGGACCCCGCGCCAUCGCAUCCCUCCCUGUCGCAUCUCUGCCUGCUCGUCUUCGAGGCUGUCUUGGAGGUGGUUUGCGUGAGCUUGCCAGGCUACAUCGUCGCGCGCAUGGGCCAAUUCGACGUGGACAAGCAGAAAUUCUUGGCCAACCUAAAUGUCAUGCUCUUUACGCCCUGUCUUAUCUUCACCAAGCUUGCCUCCCAACUUAAUGCCGAGAAGCUGUCCGACCUCGCCAUCAUCCCUGCCAUCUUCGUCGUCCAGACACUCGUGUCAUGGACCGUCUCCAUACUUGUUGCCAAAGGAUUUCGAUUCAACAAGCGAGCCUCAAACUUUGUCACUGCCAUGGGUGUCUUUGGCAACUCUAAUUCGCUGCCGAUUUCCCUUGUCCUGUCCUUGUCGCAAACGAUCAAAGGCCUCCACUGGGACAGGAUUCCCGGCGACAAUGACGACGAAGUCGGCGCCCGCGGCAUCCUGUAUCUACUGAUAUUCCAGCAACUCGGUCAGCUGGUUCGAUGGAGUUGGGGCUAUCACGUUCUUCUCGCCACCAAGGACAAAUACCCCGAGUAUCGAGAGGACUUGGCCGAAGAGGGCCAGUACCGAGACGAAGAACCGAGCGACCCGGAGCCUGAGAUUCUCAUUCACGGCCUCGACGGCGAUACCGAAAACGAUGGCGAGGGCGAUGAUUCCGAAGGUUACAUACCUGCCGGACGAACACCCCUGGCAAACACUUCUCGAGCUUCUCUGGCUGGUUCUUCUGUCGACGACUCCGACAUGGUCAAGUUCAAGAAGGGCAACUACCCUGCGAGUGGCCAGACGCUGGCGGAUUCUGGCCUGGAGGACGACAUUCUUUCUUUUCCUCGGAUCCGUCUCCAAGACGAGGCUGAAGUCGAGCCUGGAAUGCUGAACCGUGCCAAGACCUGGUCGAAAUCUGCUGGAGAGCGUGCAGCUGAGUUUUCAACUCGCCAAUACCAGCGACUUCCCAAGCCUGUGCAGGCUGUUCUUUCGUUCCUCCAAAGGUCGGUCACCAAAUUUCUCCACUUUGCCUGGGAGUUCAUGAACCCUCCCCUGUGGGCCAUGCUCUUUGCGGUCAUCGUGGCGUCGGUGCCGAGGCUUCAGCAGCUGUUCUUCGAGGACGGCUCGUUUGUGAAGAACAGCGUCACCAACGCGGUGCAAUCUAGCGGGGGCGUUGCCGUGCCCCUGAUCUUGGUUGUCCUCGGCGCAAACUUGGCGCGCAACACGGCCGCUCAGGAGGGCCUCGUCGAUCCGGAAGAGGAAAAGAUUGGGACCAAGCUCCUGAUCGCCUCGCUGCUGAGCAGAAUGGUUUUGCCAACCGUCAUCAUGGCUCCCAUCUUGGCCCUCACGGCAAAGUAUCUGUCCGUCAGCAUUCUCGAUGAUCCCAUCUUCAUCGUCGUCUGCUUCCUCCUUACCGGCGCGCCCAGUGCGCUGCAGCUGGCGCAAAUCUGCCAGCUCAACAACGUAUAUGAGAAGACGAUGAGCAGGAUCCUCUUCCAGAGCUAUGUCAUCUGGAUCCUUCCCUCAACCCUUGUACUUGUAAUGAUGGCGCUCGAGGUCAUCGAGUGGGCUAAAACGACUUAA